AUGGGCAUCAAUCUCAUUUUUAACUCAAUCUUUGAUAAAGUUGACUUAGAAGUAGAUUCUCAUCUUACUCAUCAUCACCUACUUACCUUUAUUUAUUCCUUAAGAGCUUUAAAUAUUAAUGAUCUUUAUAAAAAAUGUAAAGAAAUUUCAAUAGAAUAUUUUAUGAGCGUUUGUAAAUGGAAAAAUCAUGAAAGCGGAAGCAUGAAAACGAAUGUCGUACCAUACGAAGAAAAAAAAUCUGCUAACGAAGCAAAGCGAAUUGUGGCAAUAGAGACUAAAACUUUUCUAUUCCCCAGAUCCAUUCAACGGGAAAUGAGCAAAAACAUUUUCAUUAAAUUCUAA